AGCGGAUUUGGCGUCGAAGGAGGAGAGGUGGGAGAUCUUUACUGUAGCAUUGUCCUGCGGCUUCCUGAUGGGGAGAAAUAAAAUAGGUGAAAAGAGACAACCUUUUUCCUCGUGUCCUGCAGCCAUCCAUUUUCAUUUUCAUUCUCACCAACACCCAUAUCCUUUGCGCUGUUUCUAGCUUUACUUCACAAGUCAUUCGCUUCACUUUGGAUCUCUAUACCUGCACGAAGCUUCGAGUAUCAUUUUACGCUCGCUUCCAAGCGCGUUAUUCAUGACUUGGAUCGAGCUUCAUAUUUCCUAGGCCGGCGACAGCUGCAGUAGCAGCACAUUUGUCUCCCGAAUUCACCUCUGAGAUUCAACAUCGCGCCUCCUAAAGCCUCAUUUUAAUAAUCCUAUUGUGUUCCACAACAAUUCUUCUCUCUCCAGACCUACCAAUUCUCAACUUUACUCCCAAAUUGUUUCAUCAGAAUCCAGUUUGUUUGAACUGAGCACUGUCGCCAAUCCGAGAUCAACAGAACCGAACACAGGACGAAGACAGCUACUUUCGUUUUUCAUCAACAUUCUUCGAGUCCGAUCUAAUGCUAUACAUCGCCAUAGCAUAAAGCUACAAAGCUCGGUGUCGAUCUAGAUCGUUCGGACCCAUUCUUCUAACUUGAAAGGUCAUCUUUUCCCAUGCAAUCCUUCGACCUAUUGACUCGAGACCGCUCAACCUCAGCCAGAUUCAGAGCUGCCAGUAAUCAGCUCCGAAAAUUACGCCAAAGUCUGAGGACUUCGCUCUGCAGACACCACUAUCAGCCUGCCGAUAUUGUUCCUUCACCAUUUCACAACGACCCUGAAGGGCGGGAACAAUUGGCAAGAGCUGUGGCGCACGCACCUGAAACUAUCUCACAAAUACCUUAUCUCAGCUCAACCAUGGAUGGGGCGACCGAUAGACUGUUCAGACGGAGCCACCAAUCAAAUCAGCAAGGCAAUGUUGCUGCGAUCUUUGUCCAUGCUGGUGCCGGUUACCAUAGUACUACCAAUGAGCAUAUCCACCUCGGGGCAUGUGAUAGUGCUGCUCGAAUGGCAAUGCGUGUUCUGCAAGGAGGCGGAACCGCUGUUGAUGCAGUAGAAGCUGCUAUCAAGGUUCUCGAAGACAAAGAAAUUACCAAUGCUGGCUAUGGAAGCAAUUUGGCAAUCGACGGAGUUGUAGAAUGCGAUGCUACCGUCGUUGACUAUCUUGGUCGGAGUGGUGCUUGCGGUGCUACAGCACAGAUUAAGAAUCCUAUACAUUUGGCUAGAGCAAUCCUAGAAGCCUCCAGUAAGCCACUCUCCCUCCGAAGAGUUCCGCCAAAUCUCCUUGUUGGGCAAGGUGCUACGGACUUCGCAUGGGAGCACGGAAUUCCCGUUGUUCCGCAUGAAAUGCUUGUUUCUCGAAAUGCAAGAGAUCGAUAUAUACGCUGGCGAGAAGACCUAAGGCGCGUGGAAAGCGGUGGUCGUAUGACACCUAGCUCGAGUGCAAGCAACAGCCAAACAGACGAGCUGGACGCUGAGUAUGAGGAGCGCGUCCGAGCAAAGCAGCGACGAGAUCAUACUGCUGCUAUUAUCAAUGGUACAUGGAAUGAGGGUCAGCCGGAUUCCCCUGGAGCAUCUCCUCAAGUUACUCCAGGGCGUGAAAUGUGUACUCAAGAUCCCUGUCCAGCUCUUCUUUCUGUCAGCCCUCCAGCGUUUUCCAGCACUGCGACCUCUCGUAGUCGUGGUCAUUCACCAACAGGUCUCCCCGCGAAGCGCCCUCGUUUCGGAAAGUACCACAGUGAAGACAGACGGACGCAUUCGCUGCUCGGUCCAAGUGCCGACUUGCAUAAGAGCCCACCUGAAGUCUCUAUGAGCAAAGAUGAGUUCUUUUCCAAUGAUCCACCUCGACCUGGUAGCAGCGAUGGGCAGCACUCUCCUCCAUGCGAAACAGAAGCAUCCGAAAUCAGACCUUCUCGUGCUUUCUUUGAAGAGGGCACUGCAGAAUCCCCGCCUAAACUCUCCAGGAGAGGAGAAGAAGACGCUAUUACAGAUACUGUUGGUGCCAUUGCUAUCGACAUGUACGGGCACAUCGCCGCAGGCUCGUCCUCUGGAGGUAUAGGUAUGAAACUCCGCGGCCGUGUUGGACCUGCUGCUCUUGUUGGCAUCGGAAGUGCCGUCAUUCCAGCCGAUGAAGCAGAUGAGGAGGGCAUCACCGUGGCAGCUGUUACGAGUGGUACCGGCGAACACAUGGCAACUACCAUGGCUUCACAGCGGUGCGCAGAGAGGCUGUAUCACAAUACUCGGCGUGCCGAAGGUGGUGCAGAUAUUGAUGCGACCGAGGAAGAGGCCAUGGUGUCUUUCGUCCAGGCCGAUUUUAUGGGUCAUCCAGGAGUCGUGGGAAGUAACUCAGCAGGUGCUAUCGGUGUAAUGGCUGUCAAAAAGACCCCGUACGGAUUCUUCCUCCAUUUCGCACACAACACCGACUCAUUCGCUUUAGCAUCCAUGCAUUCAAGGGAAAGGGAGGCUAAGUGUGUGAUGUCAAGAAUUGGAGACCAUGGUGGUGUUGUGCAAGGGGGGAGGAAGAUUCGAGUCGACUGAUGAGUGUAAAUGCUCCCACCCUGUAGUCAUCAUUACUGCGUUUGAUUUCAUCAUUGUUUUAGCAUGGCGUUUGGUAGAUGGCAUAGGCCUCAUAAGGAUGGGGACAUGACUUAUGAUUGUGGCCUAGCGGCGGCACAAAAUUGCUUUGAUGGCGGUCAACAUGGGAGGGCUCCUUAUUCCGAACCGUCGAGAUAUGCUGGUAUUUUUUAGAGACACAUGUCUCGUAGAUAGCCUGGCGAAGAUUGUGG